AUGCUGUUGAAACUCAAGCAAGUUUCCACUGAUAGUAGAAGUCCGCCAGUGUAUGCCCGCCAGUGGAAGCCCGCCAGUGGAAGCCCGCCAGUGGAAGUCCGCCAGUGGAAGUCCGCCAGUGGGAGCCCGCCAGUAGAAGCCCGCCAGUGGAAGCCCGCCAGUGGAUGUCCGCCAGUGGAAGCCCGCCAGUGGAAGCCCGCCAGUGGAAGCCCGCCAGUUGAAGCCCGCCAGCGGAAGCCCACCAGUGGAAGCCCGCCAGUGGAAGCCCGCCAGUGGAAGCCCGCCAGUGGAAGCCCGCCAGUGGUAGCCCGCCAGUGGAAGACCGCCAGUGGAAGCCCACCAGUGGAAGCCCGCCAGUGGAAGCCCGCCAUUGGAAGCCCGCCAGUGGUAGUCCGCCAGUGGAAGACCGCCAGUGGAAGCCCGCCAGUGGAAGCCCACCAGUGGAAGCCCGCCAGUGGAAGCCCGCCAGUGGAAGCCCGCCAGUGGAAGCCCGCCAGUGGAAGCCCACCAGUGGAAGCCCGCCAGUGGAAGCCCGCCAGUGGAAGCCCGCCAGUGGAAGCCCGCCAGUGGAAGCCCGCCAGUGGAAGCCCACCAGUGGAAGCCCGCCAGUGGAAGCCCGCCAGUGGAAGCCCGCCAGUGGAAGCCCGCCAGUGGAAGCCCGCCAGUGGAAGCCCGCCAGUGGAAGACCGCCAGUGGAAGCCCACCAGUGGAAGCCCGCCAGUGGAAGCCCGCCAGUGGAAGCCCGCCAGUGGAAGCCCACCAGUGGAAGCCCACCAGUGGAAGCCCGCCAGUGGAAGCCCGCCAGUGGAAGCCCACCAGUGGAAGCCCGCCAGUGGAAGCCCGCCAGAGGAAGUCCACCAGUGGAAGCCCGCCAGUGGAAGACCGCCAGUGGAAGACCGCCAGUGGAAGACCGCCAGUGGAAGCCCACAAGUGGAAGCCCACCAGUGGAAGCCUGCCAGUGGAAGCCCGCCAGUGGAAGCCCGCCAGUGGAAGCCCGCCAGUGGAAGCCCGCCAGUGGAAGCCCACCAGUGGAAGCCCGCCAGUGGAAGCCCGCCAGUGGAAGCCCGCCAGUGGAAGCCCGCCAGUGGAAGCCCGCCAGUGGAAGCCCGCCAGUGGAAGACCGCCAGUGGAAGCCCACCAGUGGAAGCCCGCCAGUGGAAGCCCGCCAGUGGAAGCCCGCCAGUGGAAGCCCCCCAGUGGAAGCCCACCAGUGGAAGCCCGCCAGUGGAAGCCCGCCAGUGGAAGCCCACCAGUGGAAGCCCGCCAGUGGAAGCCCGCCAGAGGAAGUCCACCAGUGGAAGCCCGCCAGUGGAAGACCGCCAGUGGAAGACCGCCAGUGGAAGACCGCCAGUGGAAGCCCACAAGUGGAAGCCCACCAGUGGAAGCCUGCCAGUGGAAGCCCGCCAGUGGAAGCCCGCCAGUGGAAGCCCGCCAGUGGAAGCCCGCCAGUGGAAGCCCACCAGUGGAAGCCCACCAGUGGAAGCCCGCCAGUGGAAGCCCGCCAGUGGGAGACGAGCAUUUUGUAAACAGGUUUACAAAGCCUAA